GAGAAAUCUCCAACAUUCUGGGAGGAAGCUGAUGAGCUGAAUUUUAAAUAAAUAAAAUAUCCUGAGAGGGGUGCCAAGUAGAACUGGGUUGGGAAACAGCUAUAUCGGUUGCUCGAGAAUUUCACAUCCUGAGGAAAACAAAGGUUUGCUUUUCUUGCUUCUCUUCUUGGACUAAUAAGUAAUUCUCUCUGGUCUCAAACAUAAAGAUGGCCACAUCUGAAGAGGAGCCUAUAAUAAUGGAGGAUGACUCAGAGGGACUUGAAGAAUCCAUAUUCACAAUGGGUCUUCCAUAUGUGCUAAACAAAAUCAAAAAUUACCUGAAACAGCAAAAUCUUGUAGAGCUUAAUAUUGGUGUGACAGGGGAGUCUGGAUCUGGAAAGUCCACCUUUGUCAAUGCUUUCAGGGGCUUAGGGGAUGAAGAUGAGGAUGCUGCCGUUACUGGUGUAGUGGAGACCACCAUGGAUCCUGAAGUUUUCCUUCACCCAAAAAGCAAAAAUGUAAAAGUGUGGGAUCUCCCUGCAAUAGGAACACCAAACUUUAAAGCCAGCGAGUUCCUUGAACAAGUCAAGUUUGAACGCUAUGAUUUUUUCAUCAUCAUUGCUUCAGAUCGAUUCAAAGAAUGUCACACCCAGCUGGCCAAAGAGAUCAUGGGAAAGGAGAAGUUGUUUUACUUUGUUCGGUCCAAGAUUGAUUGUAGCAUUACUACUGAAAAGAGAAAAACUACCUUAAAAAACCUUUUUGACCUUAAAAAGCUGGAUACCAUCCGGGAGGAUUGUAAAAAUGGGCUAAAAAUGUUUGGCAUUGAAAAUCCUGAUGUCUUCUUGAUGUCUGGUUGGGAGAUGGGCAAGUAUGAUUUCAAUCUGCUGCAGGAGAGGAUGGAGAAAGAGCUUCCACAGCAUAAGAGACACGUGCUGAUGUUGGCGUUGCCAAAUAUCACACUGGAGAUUAAUGAGAGAAAGAAGAAAGCUCUGGAGAAAAACAUACACAGAGUUGCCUUAAUAUCUGCUUGUGUGGCCGCGAUUCCUCUGCCUGGAUAUUCAGUUUCAGCAGAUGUAGCCGGCCUAGCAGAUGAGUUAAGAAAAUACUACAGUGCCUUCGGACUGGAUGAUCCAUCCCUGCAGAAGCUCUGCGAAAGAUCUGGGAAGACUGUAGAGGAGCUGAAGAGUCUGAUGAAGUCAUCUCUACAUAAUGGAAUAAACAGAAAGUUAAUAAUAUCCCUGCUGGGUACUGAAUCUAGUCUUAUAUUUAAAAGUGCUGUUAAUUUCGUUUUGGGCUUCUUCCCUAUUGUAGGCACUGUGGUGGCGGGGGGAAUGUCUUAUUCGACUGUCUUAAAUAUGCUGAAGAAAGUAUUAAAUGAGAUAGAAGAAGAUGCCAAGAACGUGCUAAUGGCGUGUGAAAUGUAAAUGCAUCAAUUAGACAGCUUGACAUAAAUAUCAACACAGAUAAAAGAUACCAGAAUUUAUAAUAAUUAAUUAAAGGUUUACACUUUUACAGUCUCAAUUAAUAGAAAAAUGCAGGCACACAAAUCUUUAUUUAUAGCAAUGAUUGUUUAUAACAAUAUCAGUAGCAGUUGUUGAAACAAAAUAAUUUCCUUACUCCUAAUACUAUUUGUAUGCUUAUAGUGAUCCGAGUCAGAAGUUGAACAUUAUUUUAGAGAACCACAAAAUGUAUGUAUAUUACACAAAUAUAUGGAGGCUUGAUCUCUUAUUUAGACUUCCUCAGAAAUCUUGUUAGAUAUCUACUGUAUAUGUCUUUUUGAUCGUGAAACCUUCUUUCUAAAUUGUGUUGGUGAUCAUUUUCAGAGGUUAUGAUCUGGGUCAAUGUAAGAUCAGCAAAAUUAUUCUUUGAUUUCAUAAUGCUACACCAAUAGAGAAAUGUUGCUAUAUGUGUAUAUACUUUAAAUUCUUCUUCAGAAUGCUUUUGGUUUCACAGACAGCUAUGGCACUUUGUAAACACAUAUCCUGGAAACUAUCCAUACAAUUUCAGGUCAGAAGUAUAUGUCCGAAGACUCAGUGCAAGUAGUCUAAGUGGAAGAAAAUAGCCAGAAAAGUGAACUAUAGCUUAACAUGACUUUUAAGCCUCAAAUACACAAGUUUCAUAAUUAUUGUCACAUCUGGUUUCAGAUUUUUAAUAAUUAUUUUCUCUUAUUUUAAUUUGGGUCAUAUUUAUCAAGAUUAGAAAAUAAUAAUUAUUUGUAUUAAAAUAAUAUAAGACUAACAGAAAAUACUACAGCUGCAAAAAAUGAGUGGUGACCGCAACAUCUAGUGGAAGAUUUGUGUAUAAUCACUGUUCUUUGUAUUGUUUUUAAUAUUUAAUUGUACAUUUUUAAAAAUUUAAAGCUGUAUUAAUGUAUU